AGAGGGACAGUAUCUGCACACCCACCUCCACCACCAUCACUACACACUCUCGACCUCAUGGCCAUGAAGGAGCUGAAGAGUAAAGCCUUCUGGCGGGCUGUCCUGGCCGAGCUGGUAGGGAUGACCCUCUUCAUCUUCCUCAGCAUCGGCGCCGCCAUCGGCAACCCCAACAACGAUAAACCGGACCAGGAGGUGAAGGUGGCCCUGACCUUUGGCCUGGCCAUCGCCACGCUGGCUCAGACUCUGGGUCACAUCAGUGGAGCCCACCUGAACCCUGCCGUCACCCUGGGCAUGCUGGUCAGCUGCCAGAUAAGCCUCCUGAGGGGUAUAUUCUACAUUCUGGCCCAAAUGCUGGGCGCUGCUGUGGCCAGUGGCAUCGUCUAUGGAGUCAGGCCUGAAAACACCUCCGCGCUGGGGCUCAACGCGCUCAACAACAUCACUCCUGCUCAGGGCAUUGGCGUGGAGCUUCUGGCCACCUUCCAGCUCGUCCUGUGUGUCCUGGCAGCCACAGAUAAAAGAAGGCGGGACGUGAUGGGCUCCGUCCCCUUGGCCAUUGGCCUCUCCGUGUGUCUGGGGCAUCUGACAGCCAUCAGCUUCACUGGAUGUGGGAUUAACCCCGCUCGGUCCUUUGGGCCCGCUGUGGUCCUCAACGACUUCACCAAUCAUUGGGUCUACUGGGUGGGUCCAAUGUGUGGGGGUGUGGCCGCCGCGCUGAUCUACGACUUCCUGCUGUACCCCAAAAUGGACGAUUUCCCCGAGCGCAUUCGGGUGCUGGUGACCGGACCCCCGACCGACUACGACGUCAACGGAACCGACGAUCCCCCGGCUGUAGAGAUGAUGUCAAAAUGAGACGAAGCGAUCCUGUUACUUAAAGCAUCGUCCCCCGAAAGGCCUUAAAACACCUGUAAAUACUUCACUCCGUCCAACUGAGUCCAACUCAAAAUAAAGAAAAACUAGGAAAGCAAACACUGUCAAUGCAAACCGAGAGGCCUCUGUUGUAGCUGUUCAGCGGAAGUUUAGUCUCAGCUCACCUUUCUUCUGCUUGAACUCCUACGUAGUAAAUACGAAGUAUGUACCUCUAUUUUCUGAAUUGUUGUUAAAAACUUUUGUAUGGAUUUUUUUUUUCCGUUUUCUGAGUGGAAUGAUCAGUAUUUUAGUUAGUCUUUCGUUUUGUAAACAGUUUUCUAUGUAAAUUGCCCGUCGUUUUGUAUUGUAUAACGUGUGCACUAUACAUUCCUUUCCUUCACUUUUGUAAGUUAAUAAAGUGCCUGAUGUUACAAACACUAAA